CUGAGACCCAGUUAUCUACUUAUCGACCUUGUCACCAGUCCAUACAUUGACGCACACUUUGUGGAUGUGUUAGCAUGAAUGGGUGUGUCUGUGCAUGUGAGGGUGAUUAUCUGGAAGAGGGUUACAGAUUCAUUCUGUCACAUGCAGUUUUUGUCCUGUGUUCCAUAGAGUUGUUCUCCUCAGUGAUUUCCUGUAUUGAUGAGUCCUUUUGAUUAGCUUCUCUCCUCUCCAUCCGUGCACCGCUACUGAGAUCAGGAUGGAUCAUGAUCGAGUCAUGGGAAACAGUCGUUACCGUUAUGAGGAGGAGGAGGAGGAUCAUCAGUCUGUCUACAUUGGUGUGCCAGUGCCCCAAGGCUACCGUCGCAAGCGCAGGAGGAGACGUUCGUCCAUGUUGAGUCGUGAUGCAGAUGUAGAACGAAGACUUAGACAUGAUCAUCAGAGACACGAACGCUAUGACUGUGAUGACAGAGACCGCUACGAUCUCGAAGCAGAAGGCCUGGAUCAGCCAGAACACAAUCUGCCACCAGAAAUCAACAGAACCAUGUCCCCAGCAGCAGAGCGGCUGCGCUAUAUUUUGGGGGAUGAUGAGGAAACCAUGCCCACACCCACACUCUUCACUGAGAUGGACACACUGCAACACGAGGGCGAUGAGCUGGAGUGGAGAGAAUCAGCUAGGUGGGUGAAGUUUGAGGAAAAGGUUGAGGAAGGUGGUGAGAGAUGGAGCAAACCCCACGUUUCUACGCUCUCCCUGCACAGCCUGUUUGAACUGCGGACAUGCCUACAGACAGGCACCGUGCUGCUGGACCUGGAGGGAUAUUCACUACCACAGAUAGUCGAUGACAUCAUCGAGCGUCAGAUAGAGGAAGGCUUGAUUGGUCCUGAGCUGAGAGAUAAAAUCAGCUUUGUUCUGUUGAGAAAGCACAGACACCAGACAAAGAAACCCAUCCAUCGCUCCCUUGCAGAUCUGGGCAAGUCUGGGUCUGGAGUCACUCGGAGCCCCGCCCGAUCCCCUGCUGCUGGAGCAAAUUUUAACCGCUCUACAGAAGAUCUUCGAAGCAAACAAGCAGCCAACUAUGGCCGGCUACGCCUAGCUCAGAGCAGGAGUAUGAAUGACAUUGCAGACACACCAAGCACAGACCAGCUGAAGAACAAGUUUAUGAAAAAAAUCCCCAGAGAUGCAGAGGCAUCAAAUGUUCUGGUUGGAGAAGUGGAUUUCUUGGAAAAACCCUUUGUUGCCUUCGUUCGGCUGUCUCAGGCCACCACUCUUGGAGGUCUGACAGAAGUCCCAGUGCCCACCAGAUUCUUGUUUGUGCUACUUGGGCCUCCUGGCAAAGCCAAAUCUUACAACGAGAUUGGACGUGCCAUCGCCACGCUCAUGGUGGAUGAUCUCUUCAGUGAUGUAGCAUAUAAAGCCAGGGACCGAGAGGAUCUGAUUGCUGGCAUUGAUGAGUUUUUGGACGAGGUGAUUGUGCUUCCACCUGGAGAAUGGGACCCCAAAAUUCGCAUAGAACCCCCCAAAAAAAUUCCCUCAGCAGACCAAAGGAAGUCUGUGUUUUCCCUCAAUGAGCUGGGUCAGAUGAAUGGGACAGCAGUCGGUGGAGGGCCUGUUAGUGAGGAUGAGGAGAUGCCUGUUCCACAUGAGCUUGGCGAAGAGUUGGCAUAUACAGGGAGGUUCUGUGGCGGCCUUUUCCUUGACAUAAAGAGGAAGCUCCCCUGGUACCCGAGCGACUUUUAUGAAGGCUUCCACAUUCAGUCCAUCUCUGCAGUGCUCUUCAUUUACCUGGGCUGCAUUACCAAUGCAAUCACCUUUGGGGGCCUUCUAGGGGAUGCCACGGACAAUUACCAGGGGGUGAUGGAGAGUUUUUUGGGCACCGCUCUAGCAGGAACAGUAUUCUGCAUGUUUGGCGGUCAACCGCUCAUUAUUCUCAGCUCAACGGGCCCCAUCCUCAUCUUUGAAAAACUGCUUUAUGAAUUCAGCAAAAAUAAUGGGAUUGAUUACAUGGAGCUUCGACUGUGGAUCGGAAUACAUUCCUGCGUGCAGUGCAUUUUCCUGGUCGCAGUGGAUGCCAGCUACAUCAUAAAGUACAUGACGCGUUUCACCGAGGAAGGCUUCUCUAGCCUCAUCUCCUUCAUCUUCAUCUCCGAUGCCAUCAAGAAGAUGGUGGGAUCUUUCAAAUACUAUCCCAUCAACACAGACUUCAAACCAGACUAUGUUACGGCCUACAAGUGCGAGUGUUUGGCACCAGACACAAUGGCACCAAUGAUCUUCGAUGUUACUGUAGUCCCAGUGCCAGAUAAUUCCUCUGCUCUCUUUGGUUUGAAUAUAACAGCUCUGGACUGGAGUCAGCUGAGUAAGAAGGAGUGUGUAAAGUACGGAGGCUCACUGGUAGGAAAUUCCUGCAAGUAUGUUCCAGAUCUUGCUCUCAUGUCCUUCAUUUUGUUCUUCGGGACCUACACUAUGACUGUAACCCUGAAGAAGUUCAAAUUCAGUCGCUACUUUCCCACAAAGCUAAGGAAGUUGAUUAGUGACUUCUCCAUCUUCAUGUCCAUCAUGACAUUUGUGGGACUGGACAUGCUAAUGGGUUUGAAGACUCCCAAACUCAUUGUUCCCACGGAGUUCAAGCCCACACGCGCCGACCGGGGUUGGUUUGUGAUGCCAUUUGGAAAGAAUCCGUGGUGGGUUUACCUGGCAAGCUUCGUCCCUGCGCUCCUCGUCACCAUCCUCAUCUUCAUGGACCAGCAGAUCAGCGCUGUCAUCGUCAACCGCAAGGAAAACAAGCUAAAGAAAGGUUGUGGGUAUCACCUGGAUCUAAUGUGGGUGGGCUUUCUGAUGGUAGCCUGCUCUUUUAUGGGCCUGCCGUGGUACGUGGCAGCCACUGUCAUUUCCAUCGCUCACAUUGACUCACUGAAGAUGGAGAGCGAGUCUAGUGCUCCAGGGGAACAGCCGCAGUUUCUGGGUGUGAGAGAGCAAAGGCUGACAGGAAUCCUGGUCUUUGUGCUGACAGGAGUGUCUAUCUUCUUGGCCCCAAUCCUGCAGUUCAUUCCUAUGCCGGUCUUGUAUGGAGUCUUCCUCUACAUGGGUGUUGCUUCUCUUAGUGGUAUCCAAUUCUGGGACAGGAUCAAACUGAUUAUGAUGCCAGCGAAACACCAGCCAGAUUUUUCAUACCUGCGCCACGUACCGCUGAGAAGAGUCCACCUGUUCACACUGGUGCAGAUUGUGUGCUUAGCUGUUCUCUGGAUCCUCAAAUCCACAUUCCUUGCUAUCAUUUUCCCAGUCAUGAUUCUUGGUCUCAUGGUGAUACGUAAGAUGUUGGACAUGGUCUUCUCUCAACAUGACCUGGCAUGGCUGGAUGAUAUCCUGCCAGAGAAGGAAAAGAAGAAAAAGGAGGAUGAAAAGAAGAAUACCAAGAAGGACAAAAAGAAAGGCAAAGGAGGGAAUGACAGUGAAGACGACAAGUAUAACCCUUAUGCAAACUGCUCCCCCAGUGAUUCGGACUUGGAUCGCAGCAUCACUCUGCAUCUGAAGAUCUCCUGUCCACCAUCCCCGGCGAUGCCAAUGGCCAGAGGGAUGUCCUGCCCCAUGCCCCAGGUGAAGAUUGAGAUGGAAUCGGACUAUGACGACACAGAUAUUAACCCUAGAAGCAGACACCAAGAUCACAGGGACAUGAGCAGCGAAACAACGCUAUAAUGUCGGAUCUGCAGUUGUGCAGUGUGGAACAUUGCACACUCCGUCUCAGCAUGUCUGAAGAUCCUGUGUCGCUAACACACACUUUCAUGUUCACUUAUGAUAUACAGAAUGGAUCAGACAACAUUUUAUGAAUAGACAUAAUGGUUACGUGGCAUAAAGUUGAGUUAUUUUGAAGAGCAAACAUUGAGCCGAAAUGUAUGAGAUAUGCUAUGAAUACAUUAAACACCAUAUUACUGUUUCUUAUUUUAAAAACCAAAACAGCUGCAAGUACAGUACAUUUUAUUAAUUGGAGUCAAUUUAAAACCAUAUAUAAUGUGAAAGCAGAAAUAUUAUUUUCUUACUA